AUGCAUCGUAAAGCUCCUCACAUUCUGCGCUGUCUUUUGGAAUGGUUGGGAGCAUUUUUGAAGGCUAAUAUGACGGCACGUUUUGUUACUUUGUGGGUACGAAACAUCCGAUCAGUUCCAAUCACUGCUCAACAGUCCAAGCCUCAUCCAGUUGUCAACGCAAUUAGCAUAUUCUUUUCAUAUAAUUGUUGGCGUAUA